CAGGCCAUUACAGGGAUCGUGGCGGGCAACGCAGGAAACGGCUGAGUUUUAACUAGGGUUUUUGCUCUUCAAAUUCAAAGACGAAAGCUUUUCCUCCAUUGCAGCAGUGCAGCCCAACUCUCCCUAAGCUUUCCACUCCCAUCGAAUAAUCUUGUAAACGAUGGGGAAGAAGCGAAAGCACAGUGAGACCCAGGUCGAAGCACCUGUAAAGAAGGAUGAGAGUGCUCCAGAGCGGCCAAAGAGGACGCUCAUGGGUUGGAAAGACAAGGGUGAAGUCAAGGAAAGUGAUUCUCAAGGUUUUAGGAACAAAGAGAAGGUUAUGAUCACAUGUUCUCGCCGAAUCAAUUACAGGUACCGGCAUUUGAUGCUGAAUAUGGUGUCUCUUUUGCCUCAUUGUAAGAAGGAUAACAAAGUUGAGUCCAGAAGUAGCAAUGGUGCCACUCUCAAUGAGCUCAUUGAGCUGAGGAGCUGCUCUUCCUGCCUGUUUUUUGAGUGCAGGAAACAUCAGGAUCUUUAUCUAUGGAUGGCCAGGUGUCCCGGUGGUCCAUCUGUGAAAUUUUUAGUUAACGCUGUGCACACAAUGGAAGAACUGAAGCUCACUGGAAAUCAUUUAAAAGGUUCACGACCUAUCUUGACUUUCUCAGCCAAUUUUGAAAAGGAUGCUCACUGGAAGCUUAUGAAGGAGGUGAUCACACAGAUAUUUGGAACUCCAAAGGAGUACAGGAAAUCUAAGCCUUACUACGAUCAUGUCUUCGUUUUCUCCAUUGUUGAUGACCAUAUAUGGUUCCGCAAUUACCAGAUAACUGUCCCUCAUAAUGAAUCAGAUAAAGUGGCUCGAGGAGGCCUGGAUAAAAUGACCCUUGUUGAGGUUGGUCCAAGGUUUUGUUUGAAUCCAAUCAAGAUCUUUGGUGGAAGCUUUGGUGGUCCUACGCUCUAUGAAAAUCCUUUCUACAUUUCACCAAACCAGAUUCGAGCACUGGAGAAAAGACAGAAGGCUGGGAAGUAUGCUAAGAAAGUGAAGGCCAAGACAAGGAGGAAAAUGCACGAGCUAUCUAAUCCAUUGGAACCUGAUGAGUUUGCAGAUAUGUGGAAGGACUGACAUUCACCGAGUCACACCACCUAUAAUCAUGAUUUUUUAUGCUACUGAAACUGCAAAUUUUGAUUAAUCCCUCAUUUCGUUUUUCAACUUCCAUCUUUGUCCUAGGAGAAUUACCCCUUCAUCUGGAAUUUUGCAUCAUAUACCUUGUCAAAGAUGUGCUUAAGAAGCAAGAAACUUUUCUGUAAUCUGAAGUAAUAUUUUUCAUAAAUGAGAUGAUCAAGC